AAAAAAAAGAAAAGGAAAAGCCUGUAUAUAACCUGCAACUAACAGAAAAAAACAGAGCAAAUUAAACACAGCAAUGGCUGAUCAGCUCGAGGCGACGACGACGAGCCCAGAAUCCAUGCCAAGAAUGAUAGCCUUCAUGUCCUCCGUCCUCGAGCGGGUUUCCAAGUCCAACGACCUGAACCGGCGGUUCCACCGGACCCAGAAGCUGUCGGUCUUCCACUCCCUGACCACGCCCACCAUCUCAAUCCACAGCUACCUCCAGAGGAUCUUCAAUUACGCCGAUUGCAGCCCAUCUUGCUUCAUCGUCGCCUACGUCUACCUCGACCGGUUCACUCAGAUGCAGCCAUUGCUGCCCAUCGAUUCCUUCAAUGUCCAUCGCUUGCUCAUCACCAGCGUCUUGGUCUCUGCAAAGUUCAUGGACGACAUUUACUACAACAAUGCAUUUUAUGCCAGAGUUGGAGGGAUCAGCACACAAGAGAUGAACCUUCUUGAGGUGGACUUCUUGUUCGGAUUAGGGUUCCAAAUGAACGUGACGCCGGCGACAUAUUACACCUACUGCUCUUACCUUCAGAGAGAAAUGCUGCUGCAAUCUCCUCUACAAUUUGCAGAUUCUCCUGUGGAUUUGGCAAGACGUUUAAAGCUUCACUGCUCCUUUGAUGAAGAUGAAUCCACCCAUCAAAAGCAGCUUGCUGUUUAAGCACUUUUUGGUGUCUGAAACGUUUGGGGUGAAUGUAUGUGGAUUUCUUCUGUAUUUGGUUUAAUCCAACAUAUAGGUUUUUUGAAGGUUUGGGGCGUAUGGGAUCAGAGCCCCAUUGGAGUUCUUGGGUGUGUAUAGUUGAAAGGCCUAUAUGGUGUCAGUAGAAGCAACAAGUCAAAAGCUUUUCUUACUUAGAACCCAAUUCAAGCUAUGUGCUCGAGCUCCCUUUGCCACAUAUUUCCUUGUACUUUUCGACUAAUUUUGAUUCGAUUUAUAAAUUUUAGAAAACGUUUGAUAA